CCCCUUGCCUUCCCAUGGGCUUCUCUCAGACAAACACCUCCUGGACAUCAGAACUAGCAGCUACAUGGCCUGAGAGCUCCCACAGUGCAAAGUCCUGUCCUCAGCCCUCUGUGCUGUGAAACACUGUGCAUGCCACCAUACAGUCAGUCGAUAUUACAGGCACAUUGACAGUCAUGUGUCUCGUGGACUGCAGAAAGCAAAAAACGCCUAAGCUGACAAGAAAGAAAGCAGCACCGCUUACUGUCAGUCAGGUGAUGCUGUGUCUGUCUCUGGUGUUUACGCUAUGCGUAGGAGUCGCCAACGCACGCUGUUCCAGACGUUCAAAGGAGAUGCUGUGUGGCUCGGAGCUGGUGGAUAUGCUGCAAUUCAUUUGUGGGACCAGAGGCUUCUAUGUCAAUAAACCUGGAUCAGUUCGGAGCAAAUCCCGGCUCGGUAUAGUGGAAGAAUGUUGUUUCUGUGGCUGCAGUGUUUCCAUAUUAGACUCUUAUUGCGCUGCUCCAAUCAAUAACACCACUGGCAAAGAAGAACAAAAAUCAUAGGAAUAUUCCCAGGAUCUGCAGAACGUUAUCUCUUGACUAUGAAGCUGAUUAAAGGAUGAUCAAAAGAUGCAACUUAAGAGACUUUUUGGCUGCCGUGGAAAUGUGCAAUAAUAUUGGGAUAAAACCGGGAAGAAAACCUCAUCAUACAAAGAGAAAAUUCUCCUGAGCCUGUGUGACCCUACAUUAAAAAGAUGAGUUAACAACAAGCUGUGAAGGUAUUAGUCAGACGGAUGGCCUUGCUGUGUUGUGAUGACUGUAAAGCAGUUACUGGACAGCCCAUAUGCCCAAUGCCAUUAUGUUAUGUUCUAUACAUUGUGGAACACACGUGGAAUUUUGAACUUCAGCUCCACUGUAAACGUAUCCAAUUCCUUGGUCACAUUCAGUCACCCUAUACACCCAAUUCCCACCCAACUUUUACCAAAUGGACAAUUUAAAUGGAAUUCAUUCAAUUACAUUUUUUUAUAAAAGCUUCAUUGAAUAUUAAUAAAAUGUAUGUUUAGCUAAUGUACACAGACAAAUAAUAAGGAUUAAAACCAACCUGGUACUUAGGUCUUCAUUGAUGACUUUCCAA